AUGGCGCACAUUGAGGAGCACAGUGAGGAGCUCGCGCAAAGCUGGGCUUGGCUCAUGGACAUCAUGGGCGUCGGACCACAAGGAGAAGGUAAUUAUGCUUCUGCUGCGUCCUCUCCAGUCCAAGAUAUUGUAGAUCAUGGGCUUACACUACCACCCAGUGAUCGCUCUGGCCUUGGUGCCGAGGAUUCCAACGCCACUCAGCCCUCGGGCCCGUGUGGUACAGAUACGGGCGCCCUGAGGGAGGCUUCAUUAACGUAUCUUCUAUCUCAGAAUGAUUAUCAGUCGUCAGAAACCCCUGAAGAGAUACCAGGACUCACGGGGAAGGUGUCUUCUGAUGCUUUGCCACAUUACUCGCCCUCUAUAGAAGCGGAGGCAUCGGUACGUUUUUCGGCCCUGACCAGCAGCGGAGCUAAAGCUAUUGAUCAGACAAGAGAGUCGCCAGCAACGACCUGGUCGGCAUCAUGCCAAUGCCAGAGCGAUAAUAGCCACAGGAUGAGGAUUUCCGGGUCUCAUCAGAGUACAGUGUGGAGUGCCAAUUCGUCAAGGGAAGAUAUCCAGCUACGUAUCCGGACUGAAGAGCUUCCCAGGGGUCAGGCUCCCAAUCGGCAAGUAUGGAGCGUGGAAUCCAACGUACCGUUAUCCUCAGAAAAACAUUACUGUGCGGGCCUCGAAGUUAGUAAUCCUGCAGCAAACUGCAUUGAGCGUCCCGUGGUGGAUGAGACUCACAACUCGCAGUCCAUUGGAAGACCCACUACCUUGGCUCAACCGCAAAUAGGGGAUGCACUAUCUGACAUACCUCUACCCUCCAUUGAAAGAGAUCCCCCAAGAAAAUUGCAAUCUAUGUUUCUACCAGCAAUGGAAGCUAGUGGUGGAGUUGGAAGACCUAAGAAGAAGAUGGGGAUAAAAAAGACGCUAGAGUUUGGAAUUCCUUCAGGCCUCUUUCCGUUGAAUCACGUGCACCCAGCCGAAGUUGAUAGCGAAAGGGGUUACCCACCACUCGAAACUCACGAAAUCAACUCGCGAGAACCUAGAAUUUCGAUUGUUGACGGCUCAAUCCCCGAACCUCAAGCUCUAAUCACCAAUCUCCCGCUUCCCUUAGCUAUAUGCGUUGCGGUAUCUGAGCCCCUAUUGCAACUCAACACCCUAGGCGCAAUAAUAGACUUGCAAGCCCUGUUGAACGAUACUGGUGCUCAGCAACCUCAAAUUCCCGCCCAGCUCCGCACGAUCUUCGACCAACUAUUUACCCGCUGGAAGGCUGAUGACCAAUACCGAACGCAGCUACUUUUCUUGAUCAUGGAGAAGCUCGAGGAAUCAAAGAGUAAGUCGUCUAUGCUAGGUUUGCGAAGGUCAAUUGCUAACUCAGCAUCAGAAGGCACGCGAUUGUCUCGUUCCCUUGGGCCUAAUAAGAGGGAGCAGGAGUCUAUUCUCGAGAUUCUAGCUACCCUCGACAACGAACACACAAAGCUGCGUAGCAAGGAUAGGGCUACGAUGAGUAGUUCAGAUAAGUGUCUCGUAUCAGCUAUGGGGCAACGAAAUCUCUUGAAGAGGUGCGAGAAAGCGUUCAAGGACCUGGAACGCGCCAGCGACGCAUUACGUAGUUACAAAGCCUUGGAAAAGAAACUCGACCAGCAGGCUCAAGUGAUCGAGCGUUACGAGUUGGACAACAAACGCCUGAAUAAAGAAUGCCACAACAUCAGAAAUGACUCGAGCACCUACCAAGAAAUAGCCCAGAGUACCCCACCUACACGGGAGCUGACUAUUCCUGCAGGCCUCCAAGUGCAGAGGGGCAGGGCGUACAAGUUCGGGGACUAUGUCACCAACCCAUUUUGGCUGUGUCUCCUCCCAGAUAAAGUUGCCCCCCAUGGGCCAUGUCGUGGUGUGAACCGAGAUUGGCAUCACUAUAGAGCCGAUCAAAGAAACCCUAAUCCCCAGGGAGUAUGGGUGAACCGCGUCAAAUGUUCCAACUGCCUCCAUUCCAACGAGUCCCGGCAUCUACGUCAAUACAUAUCAGAUGAUGAGGCGGAAAAGAUGCCACCCAACCGUUCAAAGUCAAGCUCAAGGUCACUAUCUACGCCGGAGCAAACAGUCUUGCCAGAUGCUCCAUUAGGGGUUAUUGGGAGCGGAGCUAGCCCACACCAGGCCUCGGCAUCCGCCACAACUUCUCAACACCUUCAACACCCUCCCCAGAUCAGCUGCAUGCCACUUCAGUCGCCACUACUUCCAGCAACUGCCCAGCAAAGCACGGAUGCCAUUUCGAUGCCGCCUCCUAACCGUGAAUGCUGGCCGAAGCCCGCUCCUGGCGCCGGCUACUGGCAACUGAGCAUUCCACCCUCGCAUCCAAUACCCCAUUCGUCUGCCAACCCCGUAACUAAUCCUUUCGAGCCGGUACAGCAAACUCCUUCCUCGCCCGUUUAUUCUAGCCCGUAUCCGCAAUACGAAACUACAGAAACCAUGAAUAACAUCCCCAUAUCCUAUUCUAGCCCGUAUCCGCAAUAUGGAACUACAGAAACCAUGAAUAACACCCCCAUAUCCUAUUCUAGCCCGUACCCGCAACACGGAAUUGCAGAGACUAUGAACAACGCUCCCAUUUCCUAUCCAAGUCUGGGUUACCAGGGAGAUAGAAUUGUCCGCUCUCAGCCGAAACCUGCUGCAACGAAAUUUCGAACUCGAGGCGCGGAUCCGGGUGUUCUGACCCUACCCACAGUGCCGCAGACCGUUAUCAAUCAGGCCGGAAACAUGUUGUCAAAUAGUUGCAAUAGCGCCGUUGCGAGCGUGAGUCACAACCGCCCCGAUCCUGGUGGUGUACAUCAUACCAGUCUUCAGCCGGCGCAGAAUCAUGUCAACAGAGCCGCUGUGAGCGGGAGCCACAAACGUCCUGCUCCUGGUGGUGAACACUAUACUAUUCAGCCGAUGAAGCGACCCAAGAAAAUAAAGAAUCUGGGAAUCAGUCUAUCUACUACAGAUGCUGUUCGUGUCGCACUUCCGGGUAUUAAGCGGUCGUGGAUGCCGCAAGAUCAUGAUACUAUAUCAAAAUCCAAGGAGGCGCAAGGAGAAUCUAUUGCCAUCAAUGAUGACGACGCAAACCCCGUAAAUCCAGCUGAACAUCCAGCUAUAUUGGAUGAUGGUGACGUGUCGUCUCUAUUCGACUGUGAUGAGGCCCACGUUUCCGAGUCAACUCCGAGCAAUUAUGAUGAACUUGCCACCUCUAGGCCAUCCACGGGUGAGUCGGAGCCAGACUUAGAGCUAGACAUGGAAGCAGAAAUGGCGGCUAUAAUGGGGAGUGAAUACCCCCUAGCACGGGAUGAUAGCUUGUGGGGUGAUGAACCAACUCCACGAAUAGAGCUAGACGUUCAACCUCUGGCAUACGCGUGGGAGGAUGAAGAAUCCGAAGAAGAGUGA